AUGCCCUACCGUUUCCUCUCUAAUUCUGCUUCUAACCCCACCACCAAAACCUCCGACCUCAUAAACGACAACGCCGUUUCUCUCUCCUCAACCUCUACCUCCUCCUCUGCUUCUCCAGACAUGUGGAAUUACCUUUGGAUCCCUUUCUUAAUCUCGCUCUCUAAAGCGGUAACUCCAGCUCGAGCAGCAACAGCUACGACUUCUUCUCCCUCGAUUCUUCUCCCGACUCAACUCGCCGAGGACUCGCCUUCUGUGCCUAGAUGUCCGGCCCCCGACAUCAAGCUGAAUUACCGGCCCGUGAUUGGAAUUUUGAGUCAUCCGGGCGAUGGUGCCUCCGGGCGGCUUAAUAACGCGACGAACGCUUCGUAUAUUGCGGCGUCGUACGUGAAGUUUGCUGAAUCGGCUGGUGCUAGGGUUAUUCCCUUGAUUUAUAACGAGCCACGAGAAAUUCUUUUUGAGAAGCUCAAUCUGGUAAACGGAGUUCUCUUUACUGGUGGUUGGGCAAAAACCGGUUUGUACUUUGAUACUGUGAAGGCAAUUUUCAAGCUACUCCUGUCUCAAACUUUAUUGCUAUGGGACUGUUCUUGUCCAAGGCGGUUAUUUCGGUUACUUUCUGUUGCUACUUCACCUGAUUUAAUGUUGAGAAGAGAUCAGGCUUCUACUCUUCAAUUUAUGGAAAACACAAGUAUCGAAGGAACAGUGUUUCAGAGAAUUGUCCCUCAAAAGUCAACUAAAGUAUACUGGCUGAUGAGUAUCCCUUACGUGGAAGACACAGAUUCUGUAGUCAGGAGGGUGUUGUCUGGAAUUAUUUUUCGUCCCUUGGGAAAUUUUGGCAUCUCACCACAACGGUUUCAGGAGAAUGAAUAUCUAUCUAGUUUCUUUGAGGUCUUGACUACUAGUGCAGAUGAAGAUAACCAGGUCUAUGUCUCCACUGUACAAGCACGCAGCUAUCCUGUGACUGCCUUCCAAUGGCAUCCUGAGAAAAAUGCUUUUGAAUGGGGGUUAUCAAUGAUUCCGCACUCAGAGGAUGCCAUUCAAGUGACCCAACAUGUUGCAAACUUCUUUGUCAGUGAAGCUAGAAAGUCCUUGAACAGGCCACCUGCUCGGAAGGUACUCGACAAUUUAAUUUACAAUUACAGUCCCACGUAUUGUGGGAAAGCUGGGAAGGGAUAUGAUGAAGUUUACAUCUUCGCAGAACCAACGAGGUAUGCGGUACAUGAUAAUUGUCAUGGACGUGUGAAGUUGUAA